CACAUUUUUUCACUACAAAACAAAUAUGGUAAGUAUCGCAAAAUAGACACUUUCCCUAUUGAUUCGCGUUUGACCUCUUUGCCGACAAAAUAUAGUAGGUUGCUCUUGUUGUACAACGAAGUCCACAUGAGAAGAGAAGAUUGCUUCUGUCUUGCAGAGGUACACCUACACACAUAUAAUUCAUAGCGAAGGUACAUGUAUAUUUCUUGUUCAGUGAGAAAAUAUAAUACAUUCUGCAACAAGCAACAAUCAAUACUUGAAAAGAUGAAACGUCAUGGGAUGAAGACGAUCGCGGCAACGGCCGCGACCGCAGCGAUGAAGGCGACGUGGUUUCUGGAUGUGAGCAUGGCUGUAGAAAUGGCAGGACGACAGCAGGAAAAGAUCAUUGGCACUGACUCUCUUACGGAUAAACUUAUAGAACCUAUCAUGGAUGAGCCACGACUUCUCUUUCAUAUGUGAUGGGUCCGCUAGUAAGAUUGUCUACAAGAUAAGCAGUAAAAUGAUCGGCUGAACAAGUAAGUGGAAUGAGGAUGCGGCUGGGAACUUGAACUUCUAUGAACAAACUUCACCCUAUCUCUAGAAGUCCAAUCAUCACUUUCAUCGUCAUCAUUUUCAUCACCUUCAUCAUCAUCAUUUUCAUAUUCAUCAUCAACAAUAACAUCAUCAUCAGCAUCUUUUUUUUUCUAAUAAUCCUAUUCUCGAGGAGGGAUCUGCUGAGGAUGUACCCGCUCCGCCGGUUCCUGCAUACUACCCGCCGCCACCUUCGUUUAAUUUAAGGAUACGGCAGACCGUAACCGCUUAGUUUUUCCCUCAUCAUCCUUGGCUAGUCCCUUCAAACAAACUAUCCUAGGUCGGUGGAAAGAAAACCAAACCGCAAAGAAAUGGAGUGAGUGUUCAAUCUUUUGCUUAACGCCGUUGUUCGUUCACUAUCAUACUAGUUCGAAGCUUACUAUCAUAGUUGUAAGUUCAUUAGUAUCAUGUAAUGCCGUGACGUGAAGUUAGUACUUUUACACAGUGAACAGUCGAGGCUAGCAACGCGUAAAACAGGUAAGUGAGACUAUAAAAAUGCGUGACCUCGAACUCAAUCAGCUGGCCAAGUAUAACAACUUUGGGGUUUGGUGGCUACUAGUACUAUGCAUCCCAAAGCAUCGUGACAUUCUUGCACCUCUCGAAUAUAAAUAGGCUAACUACUAGUACUAUGACUUCUACUAGUGAUUGUAAUAUCCUUGCUUCAGAAUCUAGAGUUAUGAUGAACUACUUCUAGUAUCACUAUCACGCAGUUCGUCAACUUCUACUUCUAAUGAAGAGUCCGACGUCGUUUCUUGCCCGUGGUAGCUGUGGAAGUGGAGGAUGCUGCGAGGGUUGCGGCGCUUCGACCCAGCCCUUCUUCUUGUACGUCCGCUUCAAUUUAUGGAGAAGGUUUACAAGUCAAAAAAUACUAAUCAGCUAUUGUUCCAUCCGACAUCAUCUUGGAAGAUAAGUACAAGAUACUUCAGCCUAAAAGGGAAGUAGAUAUCCUUCUCCUAGCAGGUAAGUACUACCGAAUCAAUGUAUCCCUAGGUUGGUUCCUGAAUCCAAGAUAUCCGUCUCCUAGGUGCCUAAAAAUCAUUAGUGCAGAUUGUCAUUGUCCGAAGUAUGAAAAGUAUCGCCUUUUUGGGAAGGUCUAGGUCCUGCGACGCUCAGAGUAGUAUACAAAGUAAAUUAGCUGGCUAAUUUCCUUCCAUAGUUCGGAGGUCGUUAGUAUUCCUUAAUCGCAAUACUUAUUAGUCAUGUGAUGUCUUUACAUCUUAUAUGAUGUGUAACAACUACUGAUCUGGUGGUGUGAUCUGGUGGUGUAACAAUAUCAAGUGUGAUCUGGUGGUGUGAUCUGGUAAGAUCAGGUACUCAUAUUUGGUUCUUUGUCCCGACAUUGCAUAGAGACCCUGCCGUCAAGAAGGUGAAUAAGAUCAAGUUCAUAGUGUGUAAUAGCCCGACGGCAGGGUCUAUAAAAGGGCAGAAGGAUCGUGUAGGCGGGGAAAAAUACCGCAAGUAAUAGAUGUGUAAAUGAAAAAUGAUAAUGCAAGUUGGAUGAUCGAAAACAGUGUGUAAAAGGAAAAGGAAAAUGGCUCUCCGACAGCAAAGCUCAUCGGCAAGGCGCAUUGCGCCGACGGCAACGCGAAUAAGAAAGGGAAUUGGAAUAGAAGUUUAGCAACAGUUCCGAAAAGCCCAGCGAGUAAGGUCCAAAUCAAAAUAUGACAACUCCAGCUAACUAGUAGUAGGCAGCAUCGACUACCGUCCUCACAAUUUGGGAAAAAAAAACAGGACCCGGGCAAGAGGUGAAUAGGACGUAGAAUAGUAGAGCAUCGACUUGAACACCAUAGAAACGUACGCACGCGCUUGACAAGAGGCCUCAAGCGUUUGCGGGAAGCCAGGGCCAUAGCCGGUCAAGCAGCUUCGCUAGCGUUAGAAAAGAAGGAGCGCCACCGACUCAGGAAGCACUGUAGCGCCAGGAUUGAAACACGCCCCAAACGGCUGAAAAGAAAGUCAAAAAUCAAAAGAGCGUCAAAAGAAAUUGAAAAAAGGCUGAAAGACAAGUGAUGUCCGUUCAAUCCUGGGGCAGGCAGUCGGGUCGCCGUGGUUCGUAGCGCUAGACCUAGGAGUCUCCAAUUACACGAGGAGAUGAGUGAAGGGUCAACCGCCAAGAAAGAAGUGAACAGGCCAGACAACGGAGGAGACGUGGAGGUUCUGGACCAAGCAGUCGAAAUUCUGGAACCGAACCCCGGAUCGACGACGUCUUCCUUCUUGAUGAAACAUCUGGUCGAUUUUCUCGCCAGCAAUGAUUUCGCGGUCUUCGUCUGGAACCGUCGCGCAGUGUCAGCCGCGACGGAGGCAGACGCGUACGCUUUGGCGCAAGCCGCGGGGAUUGAUUGUUUGGUGUGGCCGCAUUGGGUUCCACCAUGGAGCCUAAUGUUAAAGCUGGGUGCUACGUCGGUUGCGAUUACGCAGUUCAAAGUGCAGCAGGCCUUCGCUCGUGGUAGCACGUCUAGGAGAGGCCGUUCAAUAAUACGCUUGUCGAGAUACAACUAUCAUCUACCGACAGUAAAUGCGAGAGCGCUGUCAAAGCUCUCGGAGGAGCAAAUAGAUAGACUGCCGCACAGCGAGAGAAGAGCCAUCUUUGACAAGGUCGAGCUCAAAAACGGGGAAGCCACUUGGACCAUCCCAUCGCCAGGAGCGACGAUGGAGAAGGAGAAGACCUUCGACAGAAAGGGUUUGGCGUUAGACGUCUCCAGAAUCUUUGCGAGAGUGAUAGCCGCACACAAAGCGAGUGAACAAGUCCCCGAAUUCGCGAGAAUUGCAGCGGAGGACGGGAGAGAUUUGUCGCUGCGGCCGAAGUCCAUUGAUAAAGAUGCGCCUCUAUCAGUCUCGGUCGGGGCUUACAAGCUGCAUCCAAGUACAGAGCCCCAGCAGGUGAUAGUCGAAUCAUUCCAAGUUUUUGGCUCCAUGACGGCGCAUCAAAGGACCUGGUUGGAAACCACGAAGAAUUUGCUGAAGGAUGGCAUAAGCCUCAAGCAGGUGACUCCCCGAGAGGCUAGUUGGGUGGCGCGGAGUUGGCAUCCAGGUGUGCCAGUGCCGGGGGCUGUGUCACACAACGCCCAGAUUGUGUUCCGAGCGAAACACGACAGCGUCUUCAAAGGAGAGGACGACUUCUCAAAUCGCGACGAAGACGUGGGCAGCGAGCUCGGAGACGGCCCAACAGACCAUCUGGCUCAGCAAGAUGCGUUGGAGGAUGACGUGGAUGUGGACGUGACGUCGACACCACGGACGGGACUAGCUAAUUGGAAUUUAAAUAGUGUCACAAAUUUAAGCCGGUUGCAGAAGUACUGUGACACCAACAUACCUCAGCUGAGCACGGUGCAAGAAUUGCGCAGGAGGUUCUGGAUGCGUGAGAAUGCAAGAUUACCGAUGCAGGGGCUAUCUGGGGCGGAAUAUGUAGUAGACGUGUGCACAGAUAGCACCGCAGCACGCGGCCCAGACAACUCCGGUGGAGCAGCAGUGCUGAGAUUGGUAGGAGUUCCAGGAACAGUACCUCCCAAGGACUGGUCUUCAAGUUGGGUCAUCACAGCCUCACCAGACAAAGCGUUCGCAUUGGGAGACGGCACAGCGAUAGCCGGCCAACGGGAGCCAGGUGAGAUCCUCCUAUACGCCGCAGCAGCCCGGUACGGCUCGUUGAUCCUCAUGUCGGUGUAUUUCGAUAACAGGCUCCCAGAUAGGCGGAUCGACUUGGAGCAUGUGAAAUUGCAGAUGACGGACUUGGAGAGGCAGGUGAAAGCGGCAGCAGAGGAGAAAGAAGCACUGGUCAUGAUCGCGGGUGAUUUCAACUCCGAGAUGUCCGCUCGAGGUACAGCGACUUCAUGCACAAAAAAGCUGAGAGAAGUGCUAUAUGACCCCAUAAAACGGCUGACAGGACAUAAGGUGAAACUACCAGGUCCUACUUGCUUCAGAGCGCUGAAGUUAAAAGCAGGAGGAGAGCCGAGAGAGAUAGAUGCGAUACUAAUGUCAGAGAACACGAUACCGGAAAGCGCCGUGUCUCUAUGGAACCUCGAGAACGACACCCCCAGAGAGAUCUUAGGGACCGACGGAGCCCCGGUCGAUCACGCGCUGAUAGCUGUGGAGCAACUCUUCAAGUUUUCGCAAGGGAAUACGUUCCAGACAAUGCUUCCUAGCGUGUCGCAGAAGAUGAAAGAGGCAAGCGCGAAGGCAUGGGCGACUCGCGACAAAGAUGUCCUGUCCACCUCCUACGCGGAAGCAUUAUAUCCAAGUUGGGAGGACGCCAGAAAGGUCGGUACUCACCCGGUGUCAGUGAAAGACACUGUAAAGGGCUACCAGCACUCAGUCCAGGUACCGAGGUCGAUGAAGCCGAAAAAGGAGAGCUUUGCGUCUAUGCUUACGGAUUAUCUAAAGCUGCACAAUAUCGGAUUUACUAGUGCUUCAAAUCGACAGCAGAAGUUCAGCCGACCGCGGGAUCUGGUGCAACUAGAGCGAGUAGUGUCACGAGCAGCGGUUGACUCAGCCUUCUUCGGGGGAUCGUAUUGCGCCGAGAGACCGACUUUUGGAGGUGGUUCAUCAGCCAGCUUACCCUCGAUAGGAGCGCCGCCGAACGACGAAGGAGUCACAGAGAAGACAGAGCAGAUGGACGCGCUGUUAGAUUACUACACAGCAGCGCUUCCGUCGGAAGCGACAACGAAGUCCCACGAGCUGUAUUCGCUUCUCGACGGCGUGGCGAAAUCCAUCUGGGGUGAGAAAAGAGGAGAUCCUUGCGGAAAGUUAGUAGUGCUAGUCUGCGGCGCGGAAGUCGUAGCGGACCCUGUUCAUGUCGUGACUUUGGCCCCUCUAGUGCAUCUCUGGAAAGCUCGAGCUUUGAGGACAGCUACAGUCGGAGUCAAGAGCGACCCACCAGUGUCUUUCUGGGUGCAGCAGCUCCUCCGAGUCCGACCGUCGGGGAGAACAUACAGAUUCUCAAAAACACAAAUUCGGGAUCAUUUGAGGGAUGCAAACCCGAUGCUGCGGUCGCCCAACGGUCUCCGGAAUUGGGUUCUGCAGGCAUUUUUGGAGAGCGAAGACUUGUUAGAUCUUUUGCACGAGUGCUUGAACGCAACCCUCGACGCAGUCGAUUCCUCGAGACCAGCAGACUGUCUGAACAAGAUACCUGCGCAUGUCAAAGCGAUGAUAGGAAGGUUCUUAAGGAAAAACGCGAGAAAAGUGCAGGCAUCCGCGCUGCGUUAUGUCGCCACGGCUGAUAUCUUUUUCAGACUUUUGGUCAGUCUCAUAGUCGCCGAAGCGCUAUCAAUCAUGAGAGUGUCCAACUACUUAGGAGACGAGAGCAUUGGUGGACGCAAAAUGUUUUCACUCGACGUCGCGAGACAAGGUUGGGACCGUCUGAUCGCGGCGCACAUGACAUCGAGCCGAGUUCAGGGCAAGCCGGUGGCUCUUAUGUUGCCGUGUGAUAGCGCGAACAUGUUCAAUUGCAUCUUACAAGGGAUGUUCUUGCGAGGAUGGCGGCUAGUUCGAGCUCAUCCGACCCAUACACUAGCACUAUGGUCGAUGAUCAGAGGGAAAACGAUUUUUACGCAGAGCGGGGACUUGUUCAGCAAAGCAACGAACCAUUCGGAUUGUGUAAUAGGUGCGCCGGAGAGCAUGGCGACCUCGCUGGCCAUAGUGCAACCUUAUCUCCGUGCGAUCGCGAAAGCGGUUGAAAAAGCUGCUGCUGGCCCUCGUGAAGAUAGGCAACUGCAUAUACAUUAUGAUAAGGAGUUGGCGCGGGAGCGUCGUUUGUUAACUACAUGGGCGGACUUAGAUGCAGAAGAAGACGUCCAUCCUCGUUACCGAGAUGGCGCUGGUGCAGCUGACUGCAAGGAGAGGCCAUGGAAGAUCAAGAGAAACUACACAGAGUCACCAGCAAUAUACGUAAAAAGCUGCGUCGACGACGCUCCCAUAUUGCUGUUUUCGUCAGAAGAAGAGCUUCUAGAAACGGGUGGCAAGUUCGACAGGAUGGUAGCAGAAGUCGUGGAGGGUCUACGGAUUAUGUUCUUAGACACGGAACUGUUCAUGGCCCCCGAAAAGUGCGACUUGAUAGUGUUAGCGGAGCAUCUAGACGACAGUCAGAAAGUAGAGCUCGGGGAAAAGGUUAGGCAGAAGUUCAGCCUUUUCGGAAAAGCGCCGAGAGUGUCGACCACAGAAAAGGUGUUCGGCUUCCCUGUUGGUUUACCAGCGGAAAAAUCGAUAGUAGCUGCGAUGGGGAAGAAGUUGGGGCAUUCUGCUUACCUAGCAGAGACCGCGCUUAGGAAAUUGAAAUUCGUAGUAAAUGGGCCAAUGCUGGUAGCGCUGGCUAGCUUUUCAGCUUCGCAACCGAUCAUUCACUUCUUGCCGGCGGCCCGAGAUAGACUGGAACCAGCGCAGUUCGCCACACUCAAGAAGAAAGUCGCGUUGACUUUCUUGCCAAUCAUAGCGAUAUCCCCAGAAUCACAAGAAGUUUUGGAAAAAACAUUCAAGCUGGAGUCCCCAGAGGAGAUCUUCUUCAGCGACAUCACAGGGCUGUCAGACUGGGACACGUUGGCGGCGAGGUUGACGGACAAUAGCGCGAUAAAAGCACUUUCGAGUUGCGGGGAUGCAGUUUUGUCUGACACAGUCGCGGCGGCUAUAGACGGGAACGAAGACGAAGAUCAUGUCCCAGAAGAGUUCAGUAUAUGGCCGCCUUGGCCCUGCCGGGAACGAUUCCACAGGCUGCGGGCCACGGGGACUCCCUCACCUACGUUAAGCACGACGGACGUCGAAUCAAUGUUCGGCCCGCUAGAAGAAUGGAGGCUCGACUCUUCAAUGGUCUGCGUGCACAUCUCUGGGCCUGCAGCAGUAGCUCGAUGGAUGGUCUCGCGAAAGUGUCAUCGUUUGCACUUUAGCUUGCCAAUAGGCUUCUCCUUGAAGACGAAAUCUAAGAUGUACAACGAAGGUUACAGAGCCGCGGCCAUGGCGGCGCGUGCAGCAUUAAGAGAGCGAGACGACUCAGCGGAAUCGUUGUGGUUGGCUCCUAAAAAAGUGCUAAUAACAGGCAUGCCGGGUCAGCCAGUGUAUGGUAGUAUAGCACACGAGGAGCUUUGGGCGCUAGCAGAUUAUGUAGCCAUAGGAGGUGGGAGGUUAGUAGUCACGAUGCGGGCGCCUCCUAAAGGUUGGCUUGGGCGACAAGAUGGCCCGAGGUUGGUGCAGAGGCAAGUCGACGAAGCAUACGACCCGAUGUUGCUGAUUCGUUCAGUAGAGGACGAGCGAGAAGUGAACCCGCCCGCAGCAGUGCCACUGAUUCUGAACGAUUGGAAGGAGAAGAGGAAGAUGGAGCAGAUGGUAGGCGACAUCGAACGAGACCUGUUAUUCAAAAAGAGUCUCGUUGACGCGGGGAUAGUGCACAUAGAUGCACCGCAGUACGAGCCCGACGUCUUGCCAGAACAGCACGAGCAACGAGAUGAAGAAGGCGGAGCAGAUGGUAGCGAGCAUGCGGCAGGGCUAAGCAACAACGAGUGAGAGACACCCAGAGAGAAGGUCGGCUUGGAAUACGGACAGCGAGGGAUGUAGGACGUGACGCGGUAGUCAUUCUUAACAGACCUUAGCUAGUCGGAAGCCUCGCCUAGACCAGCUGUAGGAAGAGCGAGCGUAGCCCGCUCUAGGAGUAGAGAAGAUAGUCUAGUAUUAUUGUUGUUAUAGUGAGUUGAAUGAAUGCAAAAAGGAAGACGGAUGAAAAAAAUACUAGAGAAGACACCCGACCACACAACGAGACUACCCCGGCCACAAGCCCUUAGAACAAAAGUAGAACAGUACUAGCCGAUCGACGGUCCAAGGAGGCCAUUGAGGAGCGCAAGAAGAUGCAACAAAGAAAAUCGAGGUCUGGGAAAUCAGAAAUUCAAAGAAACGGUCGGAGAAUUGCAAUGGAUAUCAGAGAUCUCUCUUUGGCAAGUCGGGAUAUACUUCUGCUGGUCUUAGUUCCGAGGAAGCUCCAAAAGGAGUCAAAAAAUUAAAGCGAAGACUCUACGCACAGGUCUGCUGCCCGUAUCCGACGUUGAGCUCAAGGAAUGGAAAUGUCACAGUUCGUUCAGUUUAUAGGGAGCUUGAUCAAGUUUCGUUCCUCGCCUUGUUAAGGGUAAGAGUAAGAGUAACGCCAGUAAUAAGAAUGGAAAGAAAGGGGCAAGCGUACAGCGCAGGUUCUAACCGGCGGAGAGUCGCAGGUUAGAACUUCAGCACAGCUUCAGCUCGUUUCAAACGAUGAUACGGGAAGCCGAAGCACGUCCUUGUCGCCAUUUAAGUUUUUCCGUAAGCUAGGUAAAGAAAGUGGAAAGGGGAAGAUAUAAAGACCUAAUUCGUUUACAUAACCAGGAACUUCUAAACGGGGGACAGGACAGCGGAACAAGGGGCUAGUGCGGGUAGAAGUAGAAGGUAAAGUUAACAGCGUAACUGUCGGUUGACGACGAAGUCUGAACAGUAGAAGAGGUAGCUGGUAAAAUUGUUUUUUGUCGGACUUCGCUUUCUAUGUCUCUGUAUUAAAGUCUGUUUUUAUUGCUUGUUGAGUAAGGAGCGUCGACAGCGAAUCGCGUAAGAAGUUGACGUCUGUUGGUGCGAUCGCGUCGUAGUCGGGUAACAAAAAUGCCUCGUCACGGGAGGAAAGCAGCCUCAGUACAGGUGCAACAUAUGCGCCCCAAGGAGCAGCCGAAAAAUGGUUUCUACGGCGUAAGCUGCGAGAUCAUCGAGCAGUUCAUCGCAACGGUAGCCAGAACAGGGAAAAUCGUGAAGAGAAACUGGAACGGCCAGUACGAAGUCAGAUAUCGGCUGCAGCCAGUUGGGCUGUCUGGAAAGACAGUCGUAAGGACGAUUGUGGUGUACCCGAAGGACCAGCAUUGCGAGGUGCAAGGAGAUCACGCCGGGUACUUGAUGCAUGCCCUUUCGAUUUUCAGCACGCAUUACCUGCCGCAGAACCGGAUGUACAUGCAACAAUACCCGGUGGAAUUUGAAGUAGUGAAGGAAUGGCCAGGGGCGAAAGAAGACGUGGCGGUCAUCGUAGUGGAAGGCGUAGUCGGGUUACCAGCGCAAGUUGCCGGGAAGGAAGGCCUUCGCGUCAAUGAAGUCGUAGAUGAAGUCAAAAAGGCGGUCAAGGCGUCCCACGAGGCCGCAAAAAGAGUGGCGUCUUGGAAUGAGCAGAUGGAGAGCGAGCUAGGGGACCUGCAGGGCCCAGAAGAGGACGCGUUUCUUUGUCCAGAGAGCAACGCGGAGAGAGCGUCGGGAAGAUCUGUCUUGGCAUCUCAGCAAGAAGAAAUCGACGAUGCAGGCACAGUAGUCGACGCCCAGUCCCGGAGCAUGCCGGCAAUUGAGGACAAGAGGAGUAAGACCAGCGAGAAAGACCUGGCAACCCCAGCUCGAAGGGGUUUGGAGAAGACGACAACACGAGAACCCACGUUUCCACCUCUUUGUCCCUCCAGCAACAGUCCUGCGCCGUCUCCGGUCUCGUUUGUUCCUCGCAAGCCGUUCACGGAACCAGGGUACGCUCCGACCUUCCCACCAGGACGAAGUCCAGUAUCUUCUCCAAAAGGACCUUAUGCUGCGUUCGUUGGAGAGUUUCCCCCACCGCAGAUCCCGUUCUUCGCGCACGGUGGGCAACCCUUAGCUAGCAUGUCAUCAGCAGGUUUUGGGUCAUCCUCGAGUUCGAACUCGGCAACAGCGCCAGGCAUCUUCCAUGUUUCGCUGAAAGGGAAGGACUUCCACGCACAUGGCAGCUUCGGCAAGAAGCAAGGAAAAGCGAAGGACAAGAAGGGAGUAUUCUGCAAAAAAGUCGGAAAGGGAUGGUCUGAUAAACAAUGGUGAAGAGGUUUUGGCGCUUCUACAAGUGGAGCGUCGUGGAGAUAGAACGACUGGUCGGACUUGCAGUCUGGUCAACGUCGACCAUGAAUAUCACGGCUCAAGGAGAAGACAGUGGCGGUGCUGCGAUGAAGGUGUGAAAGAUCAGCUGGAGAAAUCAAGUAAGUGGGGCAGGGAAGUUUGUCAGUAAAAUUCAUUCGAAGUUUUCUUUCCUGGGAUUUUGUUACUAAGUUCUAUUGCACUAAGUACCUUAACGUUACGAGGUUCGAAAGAAAGGAAAAGAAAAGGAAGUGGCCACCAUAACUGGUAGACGCAAGAGUAGACACCAAGCUGCCAAAAAAAAAUAUAUAUAAAGAUAAGAAAGUCAAAAACGAGGUCGCGCCUCCUGAAAAGAGGCGAAAAAGAAACGAAAAAAAUGAAAAAAAAAAAAGAAGAAAAAGACCUCAAAAAAAAAAUCAAGAAAAGAGGAGCAGCGACUUUUAAAUGGUGAGGUGUCUUGAGCUGUCUGAUUGCCAGUUGGUGGUCACAUUGUGUAUAUGCAAUCAGGUCUCUCUCAGUCCAAUAAGGAGCUUGCGUGUUUCGCUAGAACGUAAAUCAGGUUUUAAGGUGUGCUCUGAGUCUAGGGCGGGGACCGGCGCCGGUCAUAAAAGAGGAAGAAGUCUACGUGAAGACUCGACUCGCGAAGAAGCUGUUAGCAGCAUGCAGCAUCUUCUGAUCAAAGUCCGUUCCGAAAGAAUAAGAAUAAACGAAUAGAAAGAAGUAGUCCGUCGUCUUCUUUUUGCGGUCCGAACAGUACCGGACAGCAAAGAGCAAAUUAAAGCAAGCUCUUUCUGUAGGCCCAUUUAGGACGAUCCGCUUUCGCGAGAAUGAAGAUGCCGCUCGUUCGAAAAGGAAUUGGGCCAAGCUUGAAAACAAAAAUUUGACGUAUUCAGAAUUCGAAUGCCACGUCGUGAUCCAUUCUGCUCAAUAUCCGCUAGUACUUGUCUGGCGAUUCGCGCAAGAAAAAAAGAGACAAAACGUAGCGCAGCACGAGAUGAUCAAGAUGGAGGCGUAGUGAAGGAUACGUUCGCAGCAACUCUUCAAAAGAGAACAAGCAACAGGCUACUUGUUAGCAAACAUUUAUCUCGAAAUCUUGUCGCAGGUGUGGUUUUCAGUACUGGUCUCCUGUGGAUACCUUUUGCAACUCCUUGCUUUUUAGUUGUCUGCUUUCUUCCGGAAGGACUAGUAGUAGAGGAGAGAGAAAGCCUAUAUCACGAACAAGAAACUUCGUCUGGACCUCCAAAUUUUUUUUUUUUUUGCCCUUUGGUCAUCAUGUCUGAGAAGAAGCACACGAAAGCGCAGUUACUGCGCAUGAAAUCGCCAGAACGGAGAGCGACGCUUAGUCCGGUAGGAAUCACCGGCUUGGCGAUUGGUUGCGCAAUCGAGUUAGCAGAUGAUCUGAGUAACUCCGCUGUAGUCUUCGAAACGGAGUACCGCGCCGUGAAGCAAACCAUCUUUGGAGAACCAGACAAAUUUGUUGAGGGUCGGACCAAGGAUUUGGUCGAUGUUUUGGAGAUCUCGGUCGAGAACGUCCAGAAGAUCAUGGUCGAGUCGAAGGAGCGUAUGGCAGAGUACUUCAAGGACAACAGCGAAGCUUUGGGGUGUAUCAACAAGAUUUGCCAGCAAAAGGAAAAAGCAGCUGAGUAUCACAAGAAGAUGGAGAAACACGUGAAGGAGGGCACGUAUGGGCCACUGUCUUGUCCGGUGUCCGCUUGGCUUUGUCCAGUCAAGAAAGUGGCUUAUUGUGAUCGCUGUGGGCCUCUGGAGACUUCGGACGAAAUAGGAGCAGCCGCGGUUGCUUUGGAAGGCAUGUUGCCGGACCCUCGCAAGAUCAAAAUUACGGCCAAGGAAAAGGAAUCUUCUGCUGCUGCGUCCCCUCUGUUCUCGACGAAGGAGACUGGUACAACGAGAAACAAGAAGUAGGUCAAGGAGUAAGACUGGAAACGACUGCGACAGGCUGUUGGAGGAAAAAGAAAGGGGAAAACGUUUAGGCUACUGAAGGACACAACAAAGAGGGGUGAACAAAGACUAGGAACAAGGAGCAAGCACUUAUUUAAAAAGAACAUGCAAUAGUUUACUUAAAGAAAAGAAAAGGUGACUCAUCGCGUCACCUUCGACGAAGGAGGUAGAGGAGCGAACAAAGUUCACGCUAGCGGAGACGGUCGAUGUUCACCUGGUUUUCAGUCGUCGUGGGCGAUGUUGGAUGAAGAUCUUAAGGCCGGAAGCCCGAAGUUAAGUUUGAGAGAGAGCAACGGAAAGAACGACGAAGUAAUCACAGGUCUUUGUAAGUAGCAGGAGGGUGCUUCCAUGGAAUUACAAUUGAACGAAAAGGUAAAACAAAGGGCGUAGAAAAAGAUAGAGGAAAGAGGAAUCGAGAGAACGAAAAAGGAAGGGGGCCAGAUCCGCAAAGAUCAACAAAGAGAAGGUUCGAAAUAUUAAGGCUGAAUCAAAAUAUUAGUUAGUGUAAGCGAGAGGGGUUAAGGCCGUCUUGUGCGGGACCGUGAAACUUUGAAAGAAGCUCUGUUAAGGCUCGAAGAUCGCACAUUUCCUACACAAUCAAGGAAGAAAAGAGACCACAGAAAGCUGCAUACUAGCGCACUUCCAAAAGUAAGUAGACUCUUCAUAUGCAAAGCUUUACUCCGUCGACAGGUAACUUAGUGGGGCUGGUUUGGGAUCGUCCGUCGGUAGCAUUUGAUCAGCGAUUCAGUGUCUUAUUGUUCAUUUCCUUUUCCUUGUUUUGUAUUUUUCGGUCGGUGUAAAUAUUCUUGUGGCUUUCGCUGUCAUAUUUAAAUUGCGUAUUUGACGGUCAGCUCAGCGGCCGAUUAUAAAGCUAGCACUGCGAGAAGAAUUUACUUACUGUCCAUCAUUCUCACUUUUGCUUCCGGAUACACGGAUGGGAAAGCCAAAAAAACGCGCUGCGAGUUGUCGACGGGCACCGCAAAGGGAAGGCAGGUUCCGGUCAUAUUUCACACCGUUGGCCAGGAGGGAGAAGACCGCGUCCGGAAGCCGACAGCCGGCAACUCCAGGAGCCCCGCAGUUUCGUAAGAAUGGCAGUUUAUUUGGGAGGACUCCUCUAUUAGACGCGGCGCGCAAAGUCGUAUCUUCUGCCGUAAUGGGAAAGGCAAAGAAGCAGUUGGUCUUCUUGACGCAGCACUUUGAGGAUGAUGCGGCAGGGGUCCCUACAGCUAAGUUCAGGAUGAAGAAGAAGCCAUCGAGAGUCAGGGUCUUCGAUUCGGACGACGACGUUGAAUCCGAUCAUUUACAGGCUUUACCAACGUACAAGCGUUACGCCAUCGCGCCGAAGGUCUUAGCGACUUGGCAAGCCAUGCGUAGGGACCAGAAACAGCCUAGCGGGUGGGCAACGUGGAAGGCAGCGAAGUACGACGUACACAUGAGCCUGCAAGAAUUCAGAGCAGGGAAAGGCCCGUGGAGAGCGGAUUUCUUAGCUGGUCGAACAAAGCUGCAGUGGGAAGAGUGGAGGAAGGAAAAUGUGUCCCGAGGCAUUUUAGUUGAAGACUUCCUCCUCCGCGCCCAGAAAGCACAAGAAGCCAAGUGGAGAUCCUUAGUGGAGAGGACCAGAAAAGUGACUCCAGGGAUGGCGGAGAUGACCACCGACGAGCAAGAGUCUGCGGUGAAGGAUUACAAGGCAGUCUAUGGAGUCGACCUCAUGCAGCGUUCCGUGGGGAAGGACGCAGAAAAAGACAUGAGGUCAGCAAAGAGGACGGGCGCCAACGAGGUUGCGCCAAAAAGAACAGCGAGGAAAGCGCGAACGAAGAGGAAAUUCAAGGCUAAGAAAAAGGCAAAAAGCCCCGGCAGUGGCACCCUCGCAGCGAAGAAGAAGAGAGGCAGGAAGCCGAAGAAACGACCGAAGAAAGCGGCGCCGAUCCGCAGAUUUCUGCGGAAAAGAAGGAUUCGGCGCGCCCAGACAGCUACUCCGAAAAUAGCGGUGGGAAGGCCUGAGCCCAGCAGACUCGCUUGUCCUCGCGUGCCACGGCUAAUAACCAACUGGUCGGACGACAGCACAUCUUCUUCAGAUCGAGACGAAAGGCACGGCCAAGAACAGAAGAAGUAGUAGUAGUAGUCCCUCCCCCAUAUCAACGACGAGUAUGUAAUCGGCCCCGUUGUAAAUAAAUAAGUAUUUAAUUUCUUUUCGUCUUCGUUAAAUUGGUUCUGUGACGAAGUUAGUUUACGAAAGUUGACAGUGCAGCAGAAGGAGAGUCACAGGAAGGACGGUGUUCAGAACAAGAUAAUUAACAAGAGGAACCCUCGAGGGAUCAGAGGCCGAAGGAUAGCUUUCCGGGCAAGACCGACUAAGUAAAGAAAGAGGUGAAGUUUAGAAACUAGACAGGAACUUAUACAAAUGAAGAAAGGGAUCAACAAGGCUCGGUCUAAUUAAUCUGCCAGAGACGUUAUUCACGUCGUUAAGCAAUCGGUCUCUUGUAGCUGCCGUGUCUCUACUCGGGUCACAACGGAACCAGGCAGCUAUAUGCGGCUGCUACGUGGUUCGAAUGAAUGAAUGAAUGAAUGAUCACUAAUGAUUUAUAGCAUUCUCCUCUUACACGUAAAAGCAUGUUGAUGUUGCAAUCACGUGAUCGUUCUGGGGGCUGAGUAGGUGCCGGCAGUACUCGAUCAUGUGUAGGAUCAUUCAUAAGAAACCUAAAUGCUUAACCGUGCUUCGUAGUUAGAUUGCUAACCUAACCUAAAAACCUAACCGAACCGAAAAUCUCAAUCUCCGUAGAGAAGAAGCGAGUAAUUUAUUACGUUUUCCGUAUUGAAGUGGUGUCCUCUAAUAAUAUCUGGAGUGGUCCUCUAAUGUUUUCGCAUUUUGUGGAUUCCAAGGUGUUCGGGAGUAAUGGCUGGACAGUCAAAUACUAUGAGGAAAAUGCUGACAGAACCACAGCGUGGCUCACUGGGCCGGAUGGGAAGGUAACAACUUUCACUUUUUUCACUUCAAAUCGUAACUGAUAUACCCCCAGAAUGGGUAGUACACUCAACAUUCAUGCUGUAGCUCUUUCUUCGAGCAGAUCCUUACUCCACUCCCCGUGACGUCGGAGCACCUGGCAUCCUUGACGCGAUCAAGACCCUACUUGAACUUGAGCUAAAAGUUCUUGUUUGGCAAAAUGGUACAGGUACUACGUAGAGGUACUUAGAUUAUCAACAUUACUAAUAAUUCUGUACUUAUAUAUCCUUUACCUACUAUCCUUCCUUUUUCUUUUCCUAGUUAGCUUGGCUCAACCCAUAACGUUAUGAUAUCAUGAAUCCAGGUGGUGGCUGUGUUGACCAAUUGGUUUUUACGCUCUUCUUGCACGAUAAUUGUUUACGAGAGAAGCAGUAAGAGGGUCGGUUGAAGUAAGUGCAAUGAAUAUGUGGCUCCAGGCUACUUAGUAGCCUGGAGCCACAUUUUAGAUCUACUCUUGGCUACUAGGAGAUCUUCUUAUUUUAUGUUCUUCCUGUUCCUACAUCUACGCUAGGAGUAGAUCUGAGAUCUUCUAUGUUCAUUCUACAUCUACAGGCUAGGAGUAGAUCUAAGAGCUUCCACUAUCUGUAUCUGCUACCUCCUGCAUCUAGGCCAAGAGAUCUUCUUCUAUGUUCUUGCUCAGAUCUUCUUCUAUGUUCUCCAUCUAAAAAUACAACGUUUCAAUAUCUAAAAGCACUUUUCAACAUCUGUGGUCUGCAUCUAAAAGCACUUUUCUUCCACAUCAGGACUAUGUGGAGACGUUGCACGAUGACCCGGAUGAUGAUGCUUUUGUCGAUGCUGGAACCCACUUCCAGGGCUCGAAGAAAAUCUUCGCGUUUGCUACCAUGCAGCACGCUUGUGUUCAAUUCACGGACCGAACAACCUUGGUACAAUAUUAUUAUUUAUUAGGUAGCUCCUGUUGGCACUUUUCAUCUCACGCUUUUUAACCCGUUCUUAUGUCCACUUAUAACUUCUCUAUAUCUGCGUAUUUCUCCAUCUACAGGACAGCAAUCUAUUGGCGCUUGUGGUAAGAAGGGUUGGCGCGGAUGGAAAACCGCUUAAAGGUGGCGAUGAAGAUGAAGAAACAGGAAAAGAGACGAAAUCCGUUGCUUUUUACCGUGGUCAUACUGGCGUAGGACGCGCAACUAAAUGGGUACUGUAACUUCUUUGAUAAAGAAGAUAUUAGGUUCAGUUCCUUUGGCCCUGCACAUGCAGUAAGGUCAGCAUUAUGUUUGAAGUUCCUUCACCAGUUUCGAUUGUUUUCCGUCGGUAUCAAUCUUACUCUUAAGCACUUUCCUCCCAUUGUUGUGCCAGCUCCUCUUCCACGUCGCCCUAUGACUCCCUUUUCUUACAAAAAAUAACAGGCGGCCAUUGCCUUGGGGGGAACAGCCACAGUUGGAGCCGGCGUUGCACUUGGCGCCGUGACCGCCGCGAUGAGCAUUGGGGGAGCUGCUGCCGCAACGGGAGCAAUAAUGCUUAAGGCAGCAUCGUAGUUUAAGUUUUUUUGGUAACUUAAAAAAAUAUUGCUGGUUAAUUUUCCCUCGUAGAUCUUUCCACCGGAGCAAUAAUGCUUAUAAAGUAAUUAUCAACACAGAGAAUUCUGGGCAUUGUGUGUAGCAGCAAACUGCCAUUGCUUAGCGGUCACCUUUGUGUGACGGCGAAGUCGAGGCAUCCUAUCUUCCUAUCCUGUGCUUGUUGUACCAUAACCAACUACAUACAAAUAUGAUAGGAGGCAAAGGCAAAGGCAUUAAUUUCGUCUAUCCUCAAGUACCUUGAUAUUCUAUUCUUGUCCAAAAAUGUUGUUUCGUGUUCUAUUUUUGUCUCAUGUUUCGAUCUCGAAAAAUGUACCUGCAUAUUCUAUUUCCGUCUAAUCAUAUUCAUGCCGUUUCCUUUGGGACAGCUGGUACAGGGGCUGCCGCAACUGCAGCAGGCGCGUCGGCAGCUGUGGGUGCCGCUUCUGGCGCUGGCUUGGUCUUAAGGGUCUCGCUCUCUAAUAGUCAUAGAUGAUUAGUUUUAGUUAUAAUAUCGAGUUCGUUGUUGUUGUAGGGAUUAAGUAAGUAUCUAAUUUUUUGCAUAGAUGAUUGAUUAGUAUGGAUGAUGUUUUUUUGCAUCUAUCGGACCAUCGCGGCUCCCCUUAAGGCUAUGCGUUUUGGAGGGGAAAGGGAUAGCCGUGAUGGUCUGCCUAGAUGCAAUAGACGCCAUACGUGAUUUUAAUGGGCACAUCUCGUUCGCUGUAGGGAUUAAGUAAGUUGUAGUCUGUUUGUUCAUCUUCAUCAUACAUUCAUUCGAAAAUAAGGAUAAUGAUAAUUCACUAUGGUAGAAGGCAAGGUAGACAAAGUAAGUCGUACGAGUCAUAUCGAAGUAGUGUUAACAAAGUAAAAGAAACCUCGGGGUCUUGAACGAAUAACAUGCAAUGAAGAUCUGACGAGUGGAUUUCUUGAUCGUUGAAAAGGAGGAAGUGAGAACAAACAAAACAUCGUCUUGAGUGGUCGAAACGUUUGUGAAAUGCACUUGGUUGAGAAUGAUGAUGACAAGAGAAGGAACAACCAAUCAUGAACAAUUCCCAUCCAAACAAACAGUUUUUGACUUUGGACUUACACGAUUUUAUUAAUAACUUCCGAUGGAUUCUGGGGUGAUUUUCACCCCUCUUCGACUUGAUCUCCGGCUGUGUUCAUAAGUAGUUUUUGAAGUAUCAAUGGUAGCGGAGAGUGGUUUCGCAUUUUGUUCACACGAUGCGAAACUGCUCUCUUUCUAACAAUCUAGUGAAGAUCCACUCCUGAACACAACCGGAAGACUUAGAGCCCAUAUGUAAAAACAACUCUAUUUUCUGACUUUUGAUUUACAAACCUUCAUUUAGACUUUCUAGCCCGGUUCAGAUCAGUAAUCAUGACUUUGCGAAAAUGCCGACUUUGAAGAAAAGAAUUUGUGGAUCCGAAUUUAUCGACCACGGAGAAGAAUUCUCUCCACAGAGUUCUAUUGUUACCUCCAUUCGAAUUGAGGAGGACCUCUGGAAUUCCAUCGACUUUGACGAAGCAACGAAGACCAAACACAUUAGUAGUAAGCUUCAAAAGAACAAAUUCGUCAUCACCCACAGCCUCAAGGAAGAGAACAUUGUUGCUAUUUCAUACUUCUCGCUUAGUAAGAUUGAGAAACACAGCGCUCAUCUAGUAGUUCUGGAUCUUAUAGAUCAGAAACUAUCCAUCAAAGAACUUACAUCCAUUGUGACACGUUUUCACAACGGAUCCAACGAUAAUAGAAGACAGACAUCUGCAUGGAAAGUUAUUCAGACGGUUAUCUAUCAAGAUCCCAUGAGCGGUAAAACAUGUCCUGUAUGCGGUAACACGCUCUAGAUGGAGAAAACGCAGACAAGAAAGCAGCAGAUUGUAGCGGGAAAUCUAAAUUUACAGGUAAUAUGCAAGGCAGAAGCCGGAACGAAGCACAUACGGGACUGACACCCGCUAGUAGUCCCAAUAGCCCAUUGUUUCUCUCCCCAAGUGGCAUCCCUUCUAGAAGUACGUCAUGUCAAACUGAAGUCAUCUUUGAUUGUAUGGGAAUAUUGAAUGAAGUCUCUCCAACUGGUGCCAGAUUGCUUACGGACCGGAACAAGUACCGGAAAUCACUGGGGAUAUGCGAUCUAACAUUGGUUGAACGGGACGGCAGUUAUCCAGAAGACGUUUGUUGUAUAGUUAUCCGACAAGGCAAGGGAAUUGACGAAAUAUUGGACCCGGAGAACACGCGUUACGAAAAGUACACCGAUACUCGCAUUAUCGGGAAAUCGAAAGACUUCCAAAAGUGGAUUCGCACAUUCUUUCCGCAUAACAUGACAGCCAUAAAGUUCGCAGAAACAAUCUGUAGUGUUGCGGCCGUUAGUGGCGAGGUCUUUUCAGGAUGAAGACUCGAGUUGUCGCAGAAGACACUGCAGUAGCAAGCAUCAGAAUUAGUAGUAGUAAUACAGAAGAAAUCUAUUCGCAGACAAGAAGUAGUAGAGUUCUCUUAAUCACUCCAUCCGAAAACCCACCUGCUCUGGAACCCAGAGAAUCAUCGCUAGGGAGUUCAUCGACUGCACGUAGACAAGAGGGGUCUUCAUCUUCACAGACUGUUCUAGAAGAUCUGCAAGACACCACACCAGGACAAGGACCAAGGAACGAAUCAAGUCAUAGUGAGGGCGAUUCUUCCUCGUCAACAUCUGAAACGACCGACGAAGAGAAUUUCGCUGCAGAGGUGGACGCUGCUUCAGCACAGUAUAAUCGAGGGAAUUUCCGACAGGGAAACACUAGUACGAUUUUUAUCCCUAGGCAUUCUGUGUGUGUGUCACCAGCUCCUAAACCAACAACAACAACAUCUUCAUCAGCCUCCUCGAGCCGCUGUAAAACUGCAUCCAACGUACAUAGACAAGAUCUUCCUAGACCACAUUCAUCCGAAAAGAAACGAAGUCUGCGGGAGAAGAAGGUGGUCUUUUACACAACGAAGGAGCAGCAAGAGGAGCUCUUAGAAAUCUACGACUUCAUCAAGAAAGGAGCGGCACCGGUAAACAGACAGGUGUCCAAGUUCAAGGUAACCUUUGACAGAGCACAAGAAAUUCUGGGAAACCUUUGCGGGAACGACGGAACUCCUUUCUCUUCUCGGGACAUCUCCAGGAAGGGGUUGAACACGCUCUCUAAUACUUACGAGGCCAUCGAAUCUUUCCAAGCACAGUUUGAAGCAACUAAAGCACUGUGUACUGAUUUUGUACAUCGUCAUCACGUCGAGGGACAACCGCAACGGCUUUGGGUACCGUCUCAACAGGCCAGGGAUAGACGCCAAGUGGAAGUACCAUUCACGUUCCCAGAAAGCACUCUAGUGAAUCUGCAGAAGAACGUUUUGUUCUCCGACCUUAGCGCGGAAGAAUCACGAGAACGUGGACUGGAGUCGAUACGAACGCUAUACAAGAGCACCGAAAGACUACUGCGAAAAGUGAAAGCAGGAUUCAGCCUUGUAUCGCUCAAGGACGCCGCGAAUCUAACGGAGGAAGGGUCCAAGGCACAAAGAAGGGCUUCUUCCUACGUACUUCAGUGGCAAGACGCUUGUGAGAAUCUCGAAGUGUUGACUCUAAGGCUCCGAGAUCUAGUGAACACGUGCGGACUAGGAAUGCAGAAUCUUCUCUCCUUUGAAGAUCACCGUAUCUAAGUCGAACAGGAAGCAAUCAGAAUGGAGAUACUAAUCUUCUUGAGGAGUCACAACUGAGCAGACGAGUAGAAGAACGUUUUCAUACAAGAAUACACCUGAAUUCAUCUUGAACCCGAAGUACAUCAUUCAAGACAUAGAUGAAGAAGCACGAACAUCUCCAAGGGUGCUCAAAAGUGAAACUUCUCGAGCGAAUCUAUAAGUGUGACAGUGGGAUCAUGUUUCGAAGCGAGUGACAGCUUGAGAUGUGUAACUCAUCAACUUCGAUGAUGGAAGUUCUUCCAACGACGACGAACUCUGCGAAAUUGUCACAUCAUGCCACCCGUCAUUAGAAUCAAGAAAGGAGUAAAUCCUAACAGAAAGUUGGACUUAGCAGUACGAAUUAUCAAUCAUGCUCUCGAAGUCGAAAAUGUAGAAGUCGUCCAAAACGUCCUCUUGCCGAAGCUGAAGAAACGCGGAUACGACGAAUACGAAAGGGUUGUCAAGGACGACAUUCAUCUUAGCCGCUCCUCACAGUUCACAGUAGAUCUUCCAACAGGGGGGUCAAAAUCAGGCGGCUCCUCGAAAACAAGAUACAUGAAGAGAAUUCAACUACGAAACCAAGCUGCUAAAGAACAAUUGGAGAAUAUCGAAGAGCAACAAUACGAGCUCGAGAACCAGAUUUCCGAGUGUGGAGAGCAAGUUCUAAAGUACUGUGACGAAAGGGAAAAAGUGCAGCAAGAGAGGAAGACGUUAAACGAUAAACAUCAACAGUUAGAUUCCGUCAUCGAGAAGAAAGAUCGCGAACUUCGUAAGAUAAGAGAAUACAACACUCGCAAGGAACUGGGAACGUUGCCAUCUCAACUGACAUCAGGGAUUCCCGAGAAAAAGUUACUUCCCAACGUGAUAGUAGUAGCUGCAGAAGAACCAUCGGAAUCAAAGAAAGCCGAAGUGAACAAGCUAAAAAGGUCAAGUUCUUCGAGUGUUCUUUCGACGUCAGAGGAACUAGAUGAAGAAGCCCAAGUUCAAGUAACAACAAGUGCAACGAAGGAGAAGAAGAAGCCGAAAAGGUUCUACAACGUCCAGACAACUACUCAAUCAUCUUCUUCAUCGAUACUUCCUCCUAGGGCCGUCGAAGAGACAAAUACCGUGUCGCAGGUGAUUCAACCAACAAGUCACUUCAAGCGGGUGAACUUGCUUCGUCCGAAGGCUGUUUUAAGAAAACCAUACAGCAGUGAAGGAGUAUCUAGGUUCUAGAAAUGACUUUCGAACUAUAACAUAUACAUCUGGCUCGAGCACUUUGCAGAGCAACCAUAUCCCCAGCACACAAACGCUCGAGCACUUUGCAGAGCACCCAUCUCCCAAAAAUAACCCACGGCUCGAGCACUUUGCAGAGCUUCGAUUGCUCGAGCACUUUGCAGAGCAGACUUUCGACUACAGCUAGCACCUUCCAGCACGAGUAAGUAAUCAAGAAGUAUCACCCGCUCCAGACACCGUAUUUGGUGGUUAGGCUAAUCUGACUGAGAUCUUUUGAGAAGUGGACUAGCAUUGCUGAGUCUGCGCUCGAUAGGGUCUAAAGUUGGAGGCUGAAACUACCAGAUUAAAGUGACCUACGAAAGAAGAACGAGAAAUGUCUAGUACACCAACAAGAAGAAAUUCAGCAGUUGGCAAUUCAGCAGAAGAAUCAGCUGGGAGUAAGAGGAGAAGAGCAAUCUCUGAAGGAAACCUGUUUGCUGCAAUUGAGGACGAUUCCACUCCUCCACCUCCGAGGUCGUCUUCCUCUGCAAACAUCCUCCGGAGUAAUUUAACACAAGUCGCGCAACCUUCCUCUUCUUCAUCCUCAUCCUCACUUCCUUCCGCCAAGCCUGCUGAAGACCGUGACAUUGGAAAAAUCAAGACCACGCUUGGAGCUACGAUACAGGCAGGAGUUAAUCUUACCCAACAAGUUACCGAGUUACAACAAGAUCGAGCAAAUCAGCGAGAGGAAUUACUUCAAGCCGCCUCCAACCAAGCGGCUUUCACUCGACAUCAGAACGCCGUCUCAGCGGAGCUAGCCAGAACACAAGCAGUCACUGAUACUGCCAUUAAUGAGCUGGUCAACGUGAUUGGCAGCAGUCCUGAUAGAGCAACAACCACUGCCCAGUUGCAGGCAGCAAUCCAGGAAAUCCACACACUAAAGGAGCUACGAGAGGCAGAUCGCCGGACGCUCAGGGAACAGGUAGCUGACGUCUCGCUACAGCUGCAACAAAGCCGCGAAGAAACUGCUACUCUUCGACAGGAAACAGCUGCAGCUUUUGCAAAAACCGAGAAGAUCAUAUCUCCGACUAAUAACCAGCCUCAGACAAUGUCGGAAUCUUCCGUCUCCUCCAUGUCGCAAACGGGCGCGCCGGGCGGAGCACUAAGAAUUGCUGAUGCUGAUCGAAAUUGGCGAAACACCAGUAGUGAGUUCCGCAGUAAAUCAGGUUCCAACUUCCCCACAAACAACAAAAAUGGCAAAGCGACGACCAAAUCCUGGGAACACAAUUAUGCUGCUGGGCCUAGCACAAAUCACUCUUUCAAUCCUGGGAAGGGAUACCAGCAGCAAAAUCUGUCUCAACAUCAUCAACAACCCUACAAAGGCGGGUACUACCAAGAGCCGUACUAUGGGGGUUUUGGCAAGGAUCAGUCGUGGAAAGGGGACGAUGCACGAGAAUCGCAAGGAAGGCACCGAUCUAAAUCAGCAAAUAGUUACAAGGGAAUGAAGGAGCCGUCCUCCGUCACUGAGGAGGAAAGGAGGUAUCGCAGAAGUCACUCAGCUUCUUUUGAUGGAACAGGGUAUGAAGGCAAACAGAAUGAUAGAAUCAUGUCCAGAGACGAUUCACAGCAUUGGAAUGCCUAUAGUAGUUUCCGUCAGGAAGGCUGGAGCAAGCGUACCAUACCAGAGGAAGAUGAAGAGGACUUUGACGAGGAUGAUCACCAGGACGACUACGAUGACGACGAAUACAACUACAGAGGUUUUGGAGGCGAAAGAAGAGGAAGUUCGAAAGAACGGGAACGAAAAGAACAACAGCAACGAAGGAAGAGAUGGGUUGGAACGGCAACGAAUCCACAGGACUUUCCAUUCGCACCAGCUAACUUACUGGUGGUGAUUCCCGGUCUCGGAAGAUGCCUCAAAUUCGAAUCGGACCAGAAGUGGAAGGGAAUUCACUAUCUCCAGGAUAUGGAUGUGGGCGAGCAAAAUAUGCGCCCAAUGGAAUACAUAGGGAUCCUUCCCUCGGACGCAACAAUGUUGGACGAACUGGUGGCAGAAAUAGAGGCGUUCGUUGCCAGUGACGUGAAGAAUCCGAACCUCCUCGUGGGAACGUUGGCAGAAAGGAAACAGGUCAAAGCGUUUCUGAAGGCAUUAGUAAAUGCUGGGAAGAAGGAGGAGAGCACCUUGAAGGCCCUAGAGGCGCGGGCUAUCACGCAGUCAGACUCUACCACGCUGACCUGGUCUAAUGUCUUUGGGUCGUUAGGAGUCAUGUGGCCUGGGAAGUCCAUCAUGUACCUCAAACACAUUGAUGAUUGGGAAGACUACCGUGCAGAAGAAGGAGUUCCACUUCAUACAGAACUGGAUCGACUCCAUAAGGUAGCCAGUCUUGCGGGAGAAAGUUUCAUCACAGAACGCAAGAUGAUGGAGAUGGUGGAAGAAGGACAGUUCAGGUCAAUCGACCGCCAGUGCGCGCAGGACUGGAGAAAAAUACAAAGACGCAUCGGAAUUCCAGAAAUAGUCUAUCGAAGAGCAAUAGAACUCAAUCCUAUCAUGAUUGACGGGAGACGCAAUCCACAUGCCAUUUUCGAGAAACUGCAACAGGCCGUAGCGGAUCACAUCAACGAGAGGACCAUAGCAUUGCCGGAAAGGAAAGGCUUCCCGCGGGGCAAGACCCCGGUCAACAUCUGCAGUCUCUCGGUAGAAGAGGAAGAAGACUUGUUGUCACAACUGUGCAGUGGAGUAGACGGAGUCUCUGCCAACAGGAUUCAGACAAACUGGUAUAACUAUAACCCAGCUCUUAACCUGAGAAAAGGCGACGGAAAAGGAAAGCAGGGUGGAGGAAAGGCAAACCCCGGCAAAGGCGGAAGUGCUAUGCGGAAAUAUGAAGAAGUAGUUAGUAGCGGUUUACAAUGCUGGAAUUGCGGCGCAAGAGGGAUGCAUGUGAAGGAGAACUGUCCUUUUGGGGGAAAAAGAGUAUGCGAAAUUUGCAACCGAGAAGGAUGCAGCAUGGGAACGUGUAGGAAAACUAUCAAGUUUGUCCUAGAAACGUUGAAGGAUGCUGCGACAACGGAUCCGAAUCCCAAUAGGCGGUAUCAUCUACAUGUCACCACGAAAAAUGUGAAACCGACCAUCUGCGCGCUGGGAGGCGAUGUCCGUUUCUCAGAGUUCGUGAAACUCUUCUUAUCGGGUAAGGCACAACUUCCAUCAGCCCCAGCAGUCAACCAACUUACAACGGAUGUCUUCACGAGCCAAGUCGACGGGGCACUAGACAAUUUUCUGUGUGACGUCGCAGCAGACGAAAGUGAUCUCCCCAUCGAAGGAAUAAGUGAUCAACACCCAUCGACAGAGGAAGAAAUCGACGGAAUGCAGACCUACCGGUGCACGGUGGACCCUCAUCUUUACAAGGACUUGGAUGCGCUAACUUCCGCACGGAAAACGGAGGUUGAUCUAAGCCAGCAAGUGAAGCAUGCAGCAUUGUACAAUAAAAAGACCUUCGACAUGACGAGGGGAGAACUGGAAAAGGAGGAGGAGUUCAACGAACUGGGGAUUGCCAUUGCAGAACUAGAAGGACAAGUUUUGAGCUCACCACAGGGAUCGAUUGCUCUCGACGAGAUACUACGCCGAUGUGCCUAUCAAGAGAUGGCGGUACCACAGUCGCUCUCGGAACUUCUUCAACUUCUACAAGAUGUUGCAGAGAAAGCAGAAACCGACGGGGGAAGGCUCGUCGGUGCGAUUCUGAUCAGAGAUUCAGACAACAAGUGUACGUGGGCAGAGAGAUACGAUCCUCUACACGGGAUGAGCGAAGGAUUAGAGGCAGCGAGUGAGAUUUGCAAGCACACUACCACCACGCCAUCUUCAAUAGCGGUAUUUGCACUUGGGCAGAACCUAACGCUGUCUACCUCAACUUCAACAAAACUCUCGAAGCUACGACUCGAGGUGAUAGUUCCCCGUCAAGUAGAUUACCAGGUGGAUACCAACCUCGUUAUUGCUGCGCUAGAUCCAACGGAGUUGAAGGAGAAAGUAGGGGAAAGGCGAGGCCUCGCAGACAUAGGCUUCAACCGCUAUGUGUACGAAGACACCAGAGUAGUGGAAGCAGUCUAUGCUGCACUCCUAGAGUACGGAAUUGAUCUCGGGCAGUUGGAAAACGUCUGGGGAUCAGCAAACAACGCAGGAGAACAAGCAUCCCGGCUCUCAAAAAGAGGAAUACUACCAGUUCUAGUGGGUCCUCGCCCUAAAAUCACCGAAGUUCUAUGUCCCAAGCACCCGGUAGACUUACUCAUCGGAAAGCUCUUUCUAGUCGAGAUGAACCUCUCCGUCAGAGAGCCUCCCAGUGGAUCGUGGAUGUGCUGUGACCAUCCAGACUACGAGUGGUAUGUGGGGCAUUCUAAGAAUCCAAACCGAGAUAAGUACGAGGUGGACCCCUACGAGUAUUUGCAGGACAAGCAGAAGAUGAAGAAAUGGGGCCUACUCGUACAGCAGGGAAUAGGAGUUGAAGAGGCCUUCAUCAAAGUAUUUACAGUAACUGCUCCGUCCAUGAAACAAGUUAGCCGGGGAGGAAGCGACGACAAUCCCAGAACGGCCGAUGAACCAAAUCUAGAUGCCGAAGUUCCUCCGGUGGAAACACAUGCGGUGGGCAUAACGUCUCUGCCGAACACUAGCAGCAACUCUGUGCGGGCUGUUGUCAGAGAGGUCCCCCGUCUAGAUGUUCUCUAUCCCAGCAGGGUGGCCGGAGGAGUCAUAUCACCCGAAGGUGAAGUCCCAGUGCUGCGGGAAAGUGAAGUCCCACUUCCACCGUCAGCGGAGCGGUCGGCGCAGCUUUGGGUGAUCCGACGAUUCGAGUAUGACCUGGAAACUCUACCAUCCCCUCCUAUUUCGGUCGGGGGAAAAUGCGGUAGAAGAAUUGUACGAAGAAUGGAGAAGAUCGCAGAGAUCGUGGCUGAUGAUACUCGGUUCUGGUACCUCAAUCCAGCACUUAGAAACGCUAAAUUGGACACGCCCGCAAACGUAAUUGUCGACUUCUAUGUGUGGUGCAAUCGGGAAGAAAAUCCGGGGGGCGUCUCCAUCCAUGAGGCACACUUCAAAGGAUAUGCAGCCAUUCCAGUACACUCGCACUUUCAUCAUAAAGGGAAACAGCAAAAGGAGAUCAGGUCGGUCAUGACACAGAUGAAGCUACCAAUCCACAUCAGCAACUACUCCUUGUUCAGCGCCGCUAUUGAUGAGGACACGCAUAGCUUCCUGGUGGAAGAAGCGGAAGUGGUGAAUGUCGGUGACCAGGCAGACCUCAAAGACCUAGUACGCAAUUACGGAGUAUCACAGGGCGGAUCUCUUUCUGGAUUAAGUCAAGAACUAAUCAAUGCAGUUCGAGACAAGCCGAUUAUUGCCAAGAUCGGACGACUAUUGCUUCAGAAGAAGAAGGUUCUUGUGACGGAUGAGGACGGAUUGACGAUAGCGGUGGCAGUAUGUGAAGCGGUUGGGGAAGUGCACAAGCUGGCGAAACGACAACGCCCUGUGCAUCUAUCUCUUUCUGGGAGAUUGCUCCGAGACGACCUUACAGUAGACAUAGACGGCAAGCUACUUAAGCUAAACGCAACUACAGCGGAGCAAGCCGCCAUAGAUCUACAGAACCAACUUUACGUGGGUUCACCCUCAACAUUGCUCAGUGAACGCGAAAAACGUAUUUGGCUGUAUCUGAGAACCUGGUGGCUGCAGGAGGGCCGACCCGCAGAGUACCGUAUCCACCAAAAAGCAGCACAGGAGUUUGCUAAAGCAGAUGAACAGGAGUUGGUGCGUGCUGUGGAGACACUUGUUCGAGAGGCAGCUUUUCGCUUCAGAUACAAGAGAGGACAACGUAGAAGAGCCACAGGCAGCUUCUGCGGACUGGACCUUCACAGCGCUACGCUCACUGAUACCUGGUUCCUCACAAAGCAUGGAGGAGUACCAAUCGGCAUCAUGGCCAUCAGUAAAAUCACCGGCCCAGAGCAAGCCGGACUAGUCCUUGGACCAAAGUGGAAGCCCAAAGAGAAGGAAGGACGAAGCCAAAAGCACAAUCUACUAGAAGGAAAGCGUGGUAGGAAGAAGAAGAAAGAAGAAGAUUUGGUGAAUAAUGAUCACAUCUCACAAAAGGUCGACAAAGACCAGAAGAAAAUCUUCCAGGAGUUAAAAUCCACUAGUCUGUUGCUAGAAGAUCCGGAAAGCUCAGUUUCAGACUUCGAUGACAUCUCUGAUCUGUCCUCGGAUAGUGGUGGGGAAGCCAUUGAAGGAGGACCUCGUGGUACCAUCAAAGUUGAUGAUGACAUGCCAACAGACUGCACGGCGGCACACCCGAAUGGGAUGGAUACUGUCAGAACACUCAUCCACGGCAGAAGAACGGGAAUCUUCCAGCUCUACAACGUCUCGGAUCCCGGAAAGGAAAACUUGAACAUUAUAGCAGUCAUAGGAGCACAGCGUCUCGGGGUGGAACUCUUCGCCACUUCUUCCGGAAAUAAAACCGGAAUUGCCAUGCAGGAGCACAAACAUUGUGUGGCAAGGGAAUUCUACGAGGAAAUUGAUGAAGACGUUGUAUUUGCCAGACUUCCACUUCAAGAGAAAAUAAACUUGAUCUACGAUUUUAUGUCAAGUUCCCCGAUGAUCGGCUCACAGUUUCUGCGUAACGACGUAGUACCCGUACAACGCGGGUAUAUGAAGGUCAUGGUGUCCCCGCUUGACCCGGGUAUUUGUUUUGACGAGAACAUGUUAAAGCAGUCAACAGCAGUGCUCCCAGGACACGUCUAUCGGUUCCAGGAAAGAUGUCUUGGACGAUGCAGGGUCAAAUACUUCUCGUACCUCCUGAAUCGUAUGCAAGCCACCACUCUAGCAAAAAUGGAGCUGACAUCGCCCGAAUACGAAAUAGGGGAUCGAGUGGAAGUCAUAGGGAAGCUCAACCGGUGGGAGCCAGCAAUAGUUAGAGCGGUGAAUGAGGGCAUCUUCAAAAACCGGAUUGUUGUGUCGACCACAACCGGAGGCGCACUCAAGACGGUGCAAAAGAAUCUCGUUCGGAGGACUCGCGACGAUUGCACAAUCUUCGAUCUUCCCGAGGUAGUCCAAGCAACAGUUCAUAACAUCACCGCACUGGCGGCAGGGGCAAAACUGAACAACACUAGUGAACUACCACCAAAAAGAGUACUGGUCACACCACUCUCGGCUGGUUCAGGCAAAGGAGCUUGCGGUUGCUGUUCCAAAUUUCGAGUAUUGGGUCACGGUGCCUCGAAAAUCAAUCAGCAUUUACACUUUGGUGGCCGGGCAACGACCCAAUUUAGAUGUCACAUGGUCGGGGCAUCCUGCGAGGACAUUUGCGAUCUUCAGGCCAGGGGUUUCGGCCUACAAGUUCCAGACCGAGAAUGGCUACCGGACACACUGCCUAACAAUGACAACGGAAGAUUCCAACAAGUAGUCGCGGGUGUUCAUAUCAUCAAAGACGGCGUUCCACUAACAUCGAGGGGACCGCUGAAUGACUUACUACACACCACUUUCUCGUCUAACACAGUCGAAACCCUCAAGAACAUGUACUCCAAAUGUAGUGUCAAGGUAGUAGUGAACAGCAACAAGACAACUAAAAAGCAUGCGCUCUGCACUGCAGAAAACGCAGACGCACGUCUCAUUGUCCUCCUAGAUGAACGGGAACAGGACAAUGGCAGAAUCUUAGAAGCAGUACUUGUGGAGAGACUCCAGAAGCAAGUGGUAAGAACAAUUUCGAAAACAACAUCCUUCGCUGAAAUAUUGUUGUUCAAAGACGACAACAGCGCGCAACGACUUAAAUCGUCCGGUUGGCGUCAACUAGAGGAGUUCAUGAUCUCAUGGCAUGCCUCCAUAUAUCCAAGUCUCUACAACGCAGAAGCUAACUUGAUUCAGAUCAAUCAAGAAGGUGCAACGUCUACAGCGACAACCAGCAUAGCUUUUCAAAACAUCUGCAGAGCCGACCACGACAACGGACCUCAAAUCCCUGAUGUAGUAGCCCAAUCUAUCCGAGUUGCAGACGAAGAAAACCAGGAAAUCAACCACCUUCAGUGCGCGGAUCUCAACUUGGUUGCGGACAUCAUGAAUCAUCGUGCCGCAAUCGCAGUUCACGAGCCGGAGUUUCGCGCUAUUUCUGAGAAUGUAGUUCAUCCAGAAUUUACCAACCUUCUAAAAGAGAUAAUCAUUCAGAAAACCUUUCGAGUCGUUCGUCACAGUCCAAUACUCCAAGACGGCUGCAACAAAUUUUUGCUUUUUCGGGGGGAAGAUGACGCGGAGCCAAGUGCCGAGGAUACUAAAAUUAUUGCAGCCUACGGGAAACCGAUCGGGAAAGCGAACGGCAGGGAUGUCUACGAAGUCAGGGAACUCCAAGAGAAACUAGAACAAGAUCAAGUUCUAGUUCUCAGGUUUAGACCAUUAUUAGACCUCUCACUCGAGUCACAGCAGGAAGGAACUUUUCUCCUAUCGCGCCUGCCUCCGGAUGUUCGCAAGAAGUUUGAAUCCUGCGAAAAAGUGACAGAUGUAGAUGAGAACUUCUUAUUGAGAUGCGGACUAGAAAGAGCGAUGAGCGCAGCAUGGAGGAAGGAAUUGGACGGGAUUUUUAAGACGGUGCAGAGAACUGGAAAGACAGUCGGGAAGAUCUACAAGCAAGGGGAUCCCCACGACGAGAAGGUAGCAGAUCUACGCACUAGAGCCAUCUGGGACAUAAAAAGAAGCACGAAGAAUCUAGGGAAAGUCGCCUGCAGAAUGGUCUGUGAUGGUUCCUCGGUCAAACUAUCCCCCGGAAUAGACACAUCAGCACCGGUAGUUUCACAACCAGAUCUGAGACUCUCUGCAUCCGUUGCAGGAGUUUUCGAAGAGCCGGUGUUUAUCCUCGCGGAUGCACCCAGAGCAUUCAAUCAGAGCGACGAACACGACCCAGAGGCCCGAAGAAAGUUUCGUUUUCCCAUGAACCUGAGAUCUCCAUUCUUGUUCGACAUAGCGGCAGAAUACGAUUUUGUGCCAGAAGCUCGAGGACUCUUUUCACUCUCCCACUACGGAGACACAUGCGGGUCACUGGGUUUCUACCGCACAGUAGAAGCAGAAUCGAAGGCUCGAGGCUACGUUUCAUCACCGCUGGCACCGGCAAUCUUCUUCCUGAGAGGUGGCACAGUUCUGAGUAAUCAGCACAUUGCAGAGAGUCAUCAAAAAGGGAGUCAAGAACUGCAGGAAGCCUGCGACCAGUGGUAUGCUAAUAAUGCUCCGGAGGAACGACCAGAGGGCAAGCAGAAGUACAAGGUAGAAGCAAUAGUACCAGAGAAAAACAGACCGUAUGCUAUCAUCCCUACCACAGUAGACGAUUUUAUCAUCAUAGUUGAAAGGAAGUAUGCUGGGGCCAUCGCAGGCUCAUAUUUGAAGCGUUUUGGAAUUUUGACGUACUCAAUAGGACAAGGUCUUUAUGCUGGGAAGGAACUACUACACGACUUGCGGAAGGAGUGCGUCACCUUCUCAGUAGCCCACAAGUUCAAAGACGGUCUUCGAGAACUACAGCUGGCGGGAACUGACCCAGAAGAAGAACUCACGCCAGCCCAAGUAACACAGAUACUAGGAGUGCGUGGAGAAUUAGGCUUCAUUGUCAACUCAUGCCGCGCAGACCUCAUGUACGAUUUCAGAACCAUCAGUCAAGGAAGUUUGGUAGGUGCAAAGCAAGAUCAUCUCAAGUUCGUCAAGCAAACGAUUGAAAAGGUGAGGAAGUACGGAGAAGUAGUAUUACGAAUAUUCUACAGAAACGAGGGAUGGGCAGUAGUUAUUGUGACAGAUGCUUCAUUUCAGGGAACAAUAGGACCAAGAACGAUUACAGAGCCUCAACUUCUUCGUGAAAUGAACAACAUUAUUGACGACCCACAGAUGUCAGAAGAAGACAAAGAAAACAAACUAAUUAGCUUAUGCGAAGAAAGGAAACACAAGCUCAUGCCGCUCAUCGCAUGCAUGAUACUACUAGUUGAUAUUGAACACCCACUAGAAGAAGGAUAUCGGGCGACUUUAGUGGAUUGGAACCUGCAGCAAUCUUCCGCUAUUUGUCUGAGCAGCUUUGGUGGAGAAGCCGAAAGCGGAGCUCAGCACGUCCCGGUAGCUAUCUUUAGAAGGGAGGUUUACUCCUUUCUGGGAUCUCACCGUCGCCUAGGAUGGUGUGGCGACAACGAUGGUCUCAUAAAAAGGGUGAACCGACGGGCAUCUAUCGAACCUACAAGGGAUUUCAAGAACAUAUGCGCCUUGAAGCAGGAUCGUGAGAGAGAAGAUAUGGGUAUUGGAUUCCUUACGGAUAAAGCAAAUCCGUGCGACGUGGCCACUAAACGGAUAGCCAAGGAGAGCGAAAAGUACCGGUGCUUGCUCGACAUAAUGCAGAAAGGAUUUUGGCGCACCAAGUUCCUCGGGGACAAGAAGAGCAAGCGAAGCCAAGGAGUAGAAUUCCAUUGGAGGGAAUACUCCUGGGAGAAGGAUAACUAGGAGGAUCUGCGCACCUUGUGUGACUGUGGGUCUUCUAGGGGUUCUCUCUCAGGUCAAGACCGCGUUUUGGGAAGAGUCAGGUAAGUUUGAGUACAAAGCAUUCCGCAGGAGAAAAGUUGGAAAGAAGGGAAAAUCACUAAGUUUCUAGGUGUUUAGAUCGAAUGUGGAGCAAGAAUGAUAUAGUCAAUCUAGACAACAUGACUCACAACUAUACUUUGUAGUCUUUCUUAUCCCCGGGGGUAUUGAUAAUUCACUAUGGUAGAAGGCAAGGUAGACAAAGUAAGUCGUACGAGUCAUAUCGAAGUAGUGUUAACAAAGUAAAAGAAACCUCGGGGUCUUGAACGAAUAACAUGCAAUGAAGAUCUGACGAGUGGAUUUCUUGAUCGUUGAAAAGGAGGAAGUGAGAACAAACAAAACAUCGUCUUGAGUGGUCGAAACGUUUGUGAAAUGCACUUGGUUGAGAAUGAUGAUGACAAGAGAAGGAACAACCAAUCAUGAACAAUUCCCAUCCAAACAAACAGUUUUUGACUUUGGACUUACACGAUUUUAUUAAUAACUUCCGAUGGAUUCUGGGGUGAUUUUCACCCCUCUUCGACUUGAUCUCCGGCUGUGUUCAUAAGUAGUUUUUGAAGUAUCAAUAAGAGCAUAGAUCCUUGGUUUUAGCCUUGGACGGUGCACCUUUGAGUGCAUCUUCUCUUGUCGUGGAAAGCAGUACUCAUUCUUCUUCACGACUUAAAGGCAAUCAACCUGAUUCUGUGAACUACCACGACCUUCUUCCCUUGAAUUGAAGGCAUUGCAAACAUCUCUUCCUUCUAGGCACAUUCAUUCCCUGACUCACCUGUAUAAGUAUUAUAUUUAUGCUUAUAUUUUUCGAUACUCUGAGAUGACUAGUACAGAGACUACAGACAACUAACGAUAACGAACACAAGUUAGAGUGAUCUUCUAAAGAGUGGCGGAGGAUAUCUUGGUGCCCUGACCGCGUCAGCAGCUGGAGCUUUCGGUCUUUUGGCCAAAAAAACGUCUCACGAUACAUCCCGCGGAAGUUUAUGGUUGGUUUGUUGUAGCUGGAGGAGAGGUUCUUUCGAGAAUAGACAUAAUCUUCUGAGGCAAAACUUACUUACGCACAUCGGCGUUGUAGCUCGAUGUGCAGGAUCCAUAACCUAACCAAUUACGUAAAAUUGCAACAGGACGGGUAGAGGCACGAUUAAAGUAGGCGCAUUGUGAUGAUUGCGAUUGGGGUCGGUUGUAAGCAGUAGUUUCGAUCAGAAUUUUUACCUUGCUGAAGAAGGUAGGAUUUUUUAUAGUGGACGAGGCAGGUGUACUGCUGUAUAAACACUCAUGUGAAUCAUGAUUGUAUCACCAAGUAGUCUUGAAGAGUCCGACUCACUACGGGAAGUAAAGCUCUACAGCUAGUGUGUGUUGAUGCUAGCCAAGUUGAAGUUUUGUGAACGAAGGUGUGAGGCGCAGAGGUAUUACACCCUAUAAAUUUCUUAUAUUAAUAUCUUCGCCUACUUGUUGAAAUAAACUAGGAAAGACAAUAAUGAAGUUCAACUUUGCAUCCCAUCCUUAACUGAAAGAGGUCGUGAUCACAACUACCCGACAACUCGGAAGUUCACACAGUCGUCUUCGUCUUCGUCACGCAAGGCGAUACACUAAUUUUCAGGUACUAGUACAACUCGUCACACUUCUUCUCACGCAACAAGCGAUACUCUCUCAUGCACCGAUGAUAUGAAGGAAGUCCUGCUCUAAUAUAUAAACCGACGCUGGAAACAAAGGAAUACAUCUUCAAACCGAAAGACGCUCCUUGCCGCAACUACAAGUCCGAUGGAAUGGGUACCUGCCAGCCGGUGUCUUUAUGUCCUAGAAUGCAAGUCCCGUAGUAUUGUCAAAAAAUGACAGUCAAUGAUCGCAUUUUUCCACUUCCCUGGGUAUAAUAUAAUAAUAAAUAAUAUGUCAGUCAGUAGUCGUCACUGACCCCAAUCCUAAUCCCCUAGAAUCACUUUUAUUUAGUAAAAAGUAUCCUCUCCUCGUCCACCCUCCUCUCCUCUCCUCUCCUCGUCCACCCUCCUCACCUCUCCUCGCCUCUCCCCUUCUUCAUUCUUGCUGAACAACGCGAAGGGAGUGGAGGCGUUUCAGAUUAUGUUCUGCCAGGAUCCAACUGGACCUCCGAAGUCCUGGCUGAAAAAGAAAAUGUCCAGCUUGGGAAAACUCUUCGGCAGGUAA